AUGCCCGCCAAGUCCGCUGAAUCUGCCGGCCGCGACUCGUCUGAGGCAGGCUUAUCUGAGGGCGGUGUAUCUGAGGGUGGUUUAUCCAGUGGAGGUGGGUAUUCUGGUCUCGCUGCUCCUGCCAGGGAGGAAUCGGAAUCUUUGGAGGAGUUCAGAGUGGUUGGUAAGGGCGGGAAGGUCAAAGGAGGCGACAAGGGGGAGCCGGUGGAGCUGGAGACACGUGGCGUGCAGGGACUGGCGGAGGAGGAAGGAGCUGCUGCACGUGAGACCAAGGCAGGAGGGGGGAAAGCGCAUGAGCGUGCUUCCGGGUCUGAGGAGGAAGCUUUGGAGAAGGCUGGAGAGGUGCCAAAGGGGGAAGCAACAACGGAGCAGGAGGAAAAAGCUCUGGCUGGGGAGAAAAAGCGCGCAGGGGAGAAGGGGAAAGUAGGGGCAGGGGUGGAGCAGAAAGAGGGGACAGGGGUGGAGGCGAAAGAGGGAGUUGGGGCAAAGGAAGAAGAGGGGCCAGGGGAAGGGCCAGGGGCGGGAUCUGCUGUCAUGCGCGGAGUGGAUAAGGGGGAAGUUGCGGGCGGGCGCACUGGUGGUGGGGGCGCGGAAGGGGGGAUUGAGGCGCAGGAGACUGCUGGGUGGAAGGCGGAGAGGGGGGGUGAGGAGGUGAGGCGGCUGGAAGAGGGGGUGGGGAAAAUGUCGCUGGGGGAGGGGGGGGCGCAGCAGAGAAGGGGGGAAACGGCGGGUGGGAAAGGGGCAGAAGGGGAAGGGGCGGGGGGAAAGGGGAUGCGCGGAGUGGAAGAGGGGCUGCAGAGGCUGACGGUUUCGGACAUUGGGGGGAUGAGAGGGCGCGGUGGGGAGGGGGAGGAGUCAAUGGCAGGCGCGCAGGGUGGGAAGGCAGGGAAGGUAUUGGAGAAGGCGAAGGGUGGGCAGGCAGGGGUUUCUGGAACGCCUGAGGGGCAGCCUGAGGUGGGAGGGGUGGAACAUGGAAUGAGGAGGCUGGCAGUGUCUGGUCAAGGUGCUGGGCUCCCUCACUGGAUUCGCCCCCACCAGUACCGAGGUGCCGGCCAAUGCUGCCCGAGGCUCAGGGUGUAA